UCCCCUCUCCGCGCAUGCGCGCAGGGCAAGACGGUCGGUUCACGCACCAAAAAUGGCGGCCGCGAUGGAUGUGGACACCCCUAGCGGCACCAACAGCGGGGCGGGCAAGAAGCGCUUCGAAGUGAAGAAAUGGAACGCAGUAGCUCUGUGGGCAUGGGACAUUGUGGUUGAUAACUGUGCCAUUUGCAGAAACCAUAUUAUGGAUCUAUGCAUAGAAUGUCAAGCAAACCAAGCAUCAGCUACCUCUGAAGAGUGCACAGUUGCAUGGGGUGUCUGCAAUCAUGCUUUCCACUUCCACUGCAUCUCUCGCUGGCUCAAAACUCGCCAAGUAUGUCCGCUGGACAACAGGGAAUGGGAGUUCCAAAAGUAUGGGCAUUAGAGAGAUGGUCGCCACGCUGCUGCAUAUGUCAUCAGCUUCAGUUGUUCUUGUCACUAUGGGUUUGUUUUAGCAACUUGAAAAAUCAGUAAUGUACACCAAUCUUCUUCAAUCUUGUUGUAUUGAAUAAAAUCCUGCUGGAGCUUCCUGUCAA